GUCCGUGCGUCGCGAUAUAGACCUAAGCAAAUCACCGAUUGGGGGGAUGCCAAACUAGCUGCUCGGAUCUGCCUUCACCGUAGCCCUGGAUUCAUUGGCACUUCAACCUACUUAUACGGCGGGUCAGACGGUGUCAGAGCGCCUCCACAAGCCUGCGACGGAAAUUCCACGGCUAAGGAAGAGAACCUGCAGCAUUGGAAUGCCCUAACACCCUCACAUCAUGGUCGUCUUCGCGCUCUUCAUAAUUAGCAAAGCUGGCGGUCUCAUCUACAACCGAGAGUUCCAUACCGGCAUGAAUAAGCUCUCAAGCAAUGAUCUUUUGAUGCUCGCCGGCUCAUUCCACGGAAUGCACGCGAUAACCAAGCAACUCUGUCCAGCCCCUCCCACGCCCACCAACCCUGCCAGCACCGCCGCCGCCCUCGCCCCUUCACCCUUCUCCAACCGCCCGAGCGGCCUCGAAGUACUCGAAUCGAGCCAUUUCCGCAUGCAAUGCUUCCAGACGCUCACCGGGACAAAGUUCCUCCUCUUCACCGAACCCCAACAGCCGAACAUUGAUAGCAUGAUGCGGAAGAUUUAUGAGCUGUAUUCGGAUUUUGUAAUGAAGAACCCGUUCUAUACGGUGGAGAUGCCGAUUCGGUGUGAGAAGUUUGAUCGUGGGCUGGAUGGGUUUGUGAAGGUGAGGGGAUGAAAGACUUACAGGAUCGUUAGGAUGUGAAUGAGCUUCCGCAGGCUUAGAAAGUGGUAGUGUCUGCGGCGAUGCAAGCAGGAAAGGCUGGUCCGGGAACGUCUUGAUUAGAAUAUUGACGGAAUGUAAAGAUACCAGGGACGAGACCCUGGGGCAAGCGGCCUCUGGGCGACAGCUUCCGCAGCAGAGGGAAUGGAGAUUAGGGUUGGACGCUGGAGAUUGACCUCGAUGAUAUCGGGAUUGAAGCAUAUCUUGCCUAGGAAUGAGUUGGGAUAAAUGAAUCUGGAAAAGAGGCGAGGGUUCUUCACAAUAGGAUAAUGCUGAUCCAAUACUUUCAUCAGGUCUAUUGCAUUUAAUCCUAAGCCCG